UCUUGUAAUAAGUGAACCUUACGCACGCUUUUUUUUUUUUUGAAAGCUCCGAUGAUAAUCAAAAUUCCAUCCCAAUCUAAUUAACUUGUACUUCUAGCUUUAAUCAAUCGUUUUCCCCCACAUUGAAAUCACAAACUUUACUGGGUUUUCUUUAUCAAUCAAGUACAGUCGACAACUCGCUCAGAGUGAAGAGAAGAGGUGGUUUGGUUGUUGUUGUGUUGUAAGUAAUGAAAUUUCAUCUGUUAAUGCUAUUGAAGGUUCGAUAUUCUUUUAGAGGGUAAUUGAAUCAAGGGUAUUUUGUGUUCGGGCCUAAAAUGCCAUCUGCUGCUCUAACCAAACUGAACCCUGCUGUUUGUUCUGGCUUUCGAAGAGUUUGCAAUUCAACAAGUUUUUUCGGACGAGGAAAACUCUUGUUGGGAAAGUCUAGGUCAUCUGAGGUUUUGCCAUAUUCAAUUCGGUUGUUAUCUGAGACCUCAGGGUUUAAUUUAAGUGGUCCUUGUGGGAGGAGUUCAAUGGCUGCUUCUGGUACUAAAGCUGUUUUUGGAGAUGUUUACAUUGAUGAUUUAGUUUCGUGUAGUAGUAAUGGCUUAGACUUAGCAAAACCAAGUAAUGUUUAUUUCAAUGAUAGACGUCAGAACCGAUGCCAAAUAGCUACUAUGAGUUUGAGAAAACAGGAAUCACCAAGUAAUAAGCUUCUUUGUGGGUAUUAUGUUUUUGAUUCUGUGAGAAAGAAUUGGAACUCUAAUUUUCUUGUUGGCCCAUGGUUGAAAAAUAUUCAUACCUCCUCUUCUGUGUGCUUCUCUACUGGGGCUGCUCAUGAUGUGUCCUUUGAUGGUGGUUCUCAUGAUGAACAGCUUGCAAGUUCCUCUAUUGCAUCUGACCAAACUAUUCUAGGAGAGAGACACUUGAAGCUACUAUCAGGAUCAUGCUACCUGCCACAUCCAGCUAAAGAAGAAACAGGUGGAGAGGAUGCUCACUUUAUUUGUGCAGAUGAGCAAGCCAUUGGUGUAGCAGAUGGUGUAGGGGGCUGGGCAGAUGUUGGUGUUGAUGCAGGAGAAUUUUCCCGUGAACUUAUGUCUCAUUCAGUGACGGCGAUUCGUGAUGAGCCCAAGGGUGAAAUUGACCCAGCGAGGGUGUUGGAGAAGGCCCACUCAAGUACAAAAGCAAAGGGUUCAUCAACAGCCUGCAUCAUUGCCCUUACAAGCAAGGGAAUACAUGCAAUUAAUCUGGGAGACAGUGGAUUCAUUGUUGUUAGAGACGGAUGUACUAUCUUCCAGUCUCCAGUGCAGCAGCAUGGCUUCAAUUUUACGUAUCAACUAGAGAGUGGCAAUACUGGUGAUCUACCCAGCUCUGGUCAGGUUUUUACAAUUCCUGUUGCCCCUGGUGAUGUCAUUGUCGCAGGAACUGAUGGAUUGUUUGACAACUUGUAUAACAAUGAGGUCACUGCUGUUGUUGUUCACACUGUACGUGCUGGCUUAGGACCCCAAGUGACAGCUCAGAAGAUAGCAGCUUUGGCGCGUCAACGAGCACAGGAUCGGAACAGGCAGACACCAUUUUCAACCGCUGCUCAAGAUGCUGGAUUCCGCUAUUAUGGUGGCAAGCUUGAUGAUAUAACUGUUGUGGUGUCUUACAUAAGUAGCUCCAAUAAUGUCUGAGUCUGUUCAACAUGUUCUUUUAUCCUUUUUCAUUGACCAGUACCGUUUGGAAGGCCAUUAAUCCUGUUCUAUUUAUGCUGAAACGUUGUUGAGCAAACUGUAUUUCACCGUGCUUCUAUAACAUCUUUUGAUUAU